ACUUCUUGGUGGACCGUGUACUGGCCCCUUGCUUCCUUGUGGAAUUCUUCAGAAAACUUUUUUUUUGACAUAGCUAAACGACGAGGAAGACGAUGUCGAGGAUGAAGAAUCAGAUGACGAAUAUGAAAAUGAUGUUGUACUGGAGGAAAUUGGCGAAGAAAGUGAUCAGGAAGAAGCGACAGAUACGGGCGAGAAAAGUGAUACAGAUCAAGAUUACGACAAGAGUGACAACGAAAGCGACGUUGGCAAUGAUUAUGAGGACGAUGAAGACAGUGAUAAGGACGAUUAUGACGACAAUGAUGUCGGCGACAAUGACGGUCUACAAAUCAGUGACAUCUUGUGUACUACCAAAUCUGGUAGAACGUGCAGGACAUGGAAAGCAAGAUAUCUCUAUUAUUGA